GUGAAAUAUUUUUAUUAAAAUGUACAUAUUGAUUUGUUAUUGACUGAUAUACAGUGAACAAUUUCGUGAUGCGCCACUCGUGCGUAAAACCCUGGCACAGUCCCCAGAGCGCACAGGAAGCACCAAGAGGUAACUCCACCACCCGAAACCAUAAAUGAACAUCGUAAACCUUAUGAUGGACACGUUCACUCUCUAAAGACUCACUUUAAAUUCUCGGCGUCGGAGAAGAGAGAAUCAGAGGAGGAGAGGAAGGAUAAACGCAGACGUGGGGACGAACGCAACAUCGGCAGAAAGGAUGUGAUUUUCAUGCUGGCUUAAUAGAGAAAAAUAAAAGGAAUUAAUCCGAAUGGAGAUCAACAAAGUUGUUUUUGUUUUUGAAUAACUGGAAAAGGGAAACCAACUCUGAUAGCACAAAACUGACAGUGGACUGCUUAUUUACGUAUAUAACGUGCAGAAGAUGAAGCAGGGCGUCUUGAGCGUUUUCACAUGAAGGACUUUACACAGAUAUUUUACACUCCAUAUUCUACCACGGGUGGACUCUGAGGAGGAGAUUUUCUCCAGAGGAACUCCAUCUGACAGGAUUAUUAUUUAUGCCUAUUAUUUCCUCACAUCAUCCUGUAACUGUCUGUACAGUAGGCAGGAGAGGUAAGAGUGCAUGGGAACAGUAAACAUAAUUUUUUUUAAUGUUAUUUCGUUUCUUAUCAUCACAGAAACUGAAACAACAGUGACAUUUUUUACCCCAAAAUAUCUAAUGGACUUGCUGUUACCCUCUCAGUGACAUGCUGCUGGUCCCUCAACCUCAGAUUGGGAACUUGCUCUCUAAAUACUGGUCUCAUCUCUGUUGUCUGCUAGUGAUCUGAACUGUGCAUAGCAAACGUUUUGGGCUGAAGGACUGAUGUAUCAUGUGAGAGAAAAUGUCUUAAAAAAUAAGACAAAGAUAUUCAUGUUUCUCUAAACUCAAUAAUGUCUCUGAAAUUUGUGGAUUUUUGUCUCACAAUGAUCACUGAUUCUUAGUUUACCAACUUUAAUCCCUAUCUCUUCAAACAUGGAGAAUGUGUCUGUCUCCAGUGGUGCGCUGCCGGUCUGCAAUGACUCUGUGGACUUCUACUCCCUCAUGUCAGGGAACAACACAGACCUGAACUGCACUCCUCCCUCUGAGUUUUACUUCUCUGCUGACCUCUACGUUAUUCUACCUGUCAUCUACUCUGUAAUCUGCGCUGUGGGAUUGACAGGCAAUACAGCUGUCAUCUAUGUGAUCCUCAAAGCCCCCAAGAUGAAAACAGUCACUAAUAUGUUCAUACUGAACUUGGCCAUCGCAGAUGAUUUGUUCACUUUGGUGUUGCCAAUCAACAUAGCUGAACAUUUAUUGCAGUUCUGGCCUUUUGGUGAAGUUUUGUGCAAAGUCAUCCUCAGCAUUGACCACUACAACAUCUUCUCCAGCAUAUAUUUCCUGACUGUUAUGAGCAUUGACCGCUACCUGGUCGUCUUGGCCACAGUGAGGUCCAAGCGCAUGCCUUACCGCACCUAUCGAGCAGCCAAAAUCAUCUCAUUAUGCGUCUGGAUCCUCGUUAUCCUCAUCGUCAUGCCUUUUACUGUUUUCGCCAGUGUCUACGUCAACCCGAACGAUGGGAGGAAGAGCUGUGUGCUCAGCUUCCCCACUCCUGAGAGUUUGUGGUUUAAAGCUAGCCGGAUAUACACACUCAUCCUGGGCUUUGCCAUCCCAGUUUCGACCAUCUGUAUCUUAUACACCAUGAUGCUCUACAAGCUGAGGAACAUGCGUCUCAACAGCAACGCCAAGGCGCUGGACAAAGCCAAGAAGAAAGUGACCAUCAUGGUGUUCAUCGUUUUGGCCGUCUGCUUGUUCUGCUGGACGCCAUUCCACCUCAGCACCAUCGUGGCCCUGACGACGGACCUGAGGACCACGCCGCUGCUAAUCGGGAUCUCCUACUUCAUAACCAGCCUGAGCUACGCCAACUCCUGUCUCAACCCGUUCCUCUAUGCUUUCCUGGAUGACAGCUUCAGGAAAGCUUUCAAGAAGAUGUUGGAAUGUAGGCCGGCCUGAAUGUAAGACACAUGAAACCUGCUGCAGAGAUCCACAGAGACUUACAGAGUGAGGACAGACUAUGGUGGAAAACAAAAUUGGAAAGAUUAACUUAAACUUUUGGUCCAAAUCUGAAUUUUCAAUUUAUGUGUUGCAGAUUUGAUUGUUUGGUUUGUUAAAGCUACACUAGGCAACUUUGCACAUAGUUUUGCACACGAUAGUAAGAGGUAGUGAUAACAAAUGUAGCUUUGAUGUAUAGAAAACAUGUAAAACUUUUAAUGUGACAAACCACUCCAUAAAUGCUUUUUACUGCAGUAAACCAAAGGCAGGAGAGAGUACAAAGCUUCAAAACCCAAACAGAGCUGUUUGAGCAUCACCCUUUAGUUUAAAUUCAUCAUCUCCUGUGGGCGGAGGAAAUUUCCUGCCAGCAGAAGUCAAUCUGAGCGAGUGGAAGCAAAUUGAAGCCUCUUAUUUACGAGAGGCAGGAUGCUUUUCUUUGUCACAGCCAGACUGUUUUGUAGUUAGACAGAAGUUGCCUAGUGCAGCUUUUUAUGUCUCUGAGAGUGCAGUAGGAGAAAGAACUGGAAGUUGACAAAAGUGGACAAUAUCGCUUGCUAUAGGGAAUGAUUAAUGUUCACAUAUAGAACAAUGAUGACAUAAAAAAAAAAAAAAAAGCUUGUUAUAACUGUCAGCGGAAUUGCUCAUCUUCAUUAUGUCUGAAGAAUUGGCCAUGAAAUCUGAUUGUUUUCCAGGUUAAGACUGCAAUUAAAAUGUCAGACCAUUUUCAUGCAGGUGAAAAAUCCCAUUAUGAGGCAGCGAGCCUGGAUGGGUCACUCUAUGACCCUCACUGUCUCCGUCUGAACUCAGAGGGAUGGAACAUCUGCUGUGUGGAGAAAAUAAAGUUCAGCACAGUGUCAUUGAUUUGCAUGCUGUCAAUCAAAACAACAUCGUGAGACUAGUCAGGGUUGGAGGGUAACAAGAUGUAUUUUAGUGAUAUACAACUGUCUGGUCAUGAAAUAGUUGUAGAAAUCCAUCUCAAGAAAGUACUGUUUAAAAUCCAAGGUUAAAACUGGUGGGAGUACUUGAGUGAUCAUGUAUGCAAACACUUAAUUUCCUUUAAAUUAUGUUGUAUUUUGAGCAAAGUAAUCCCAAAGGAGCCAAAUCAUACAUUUUGUGAAAUCACCUGAAGUAUUACGGUUCUUUUUUUUUGGGCAGUUACACACAGAAACCUGAACCAUGAAAAUAAUGUCACUGUUUGAAUGAAGAAUGAAGUUCUGCUACAGAUUUUUUUUUACUUUCAUUUCUAUUUUCUUCUUUUUUUCCAGAAUGUAUAUGUACCACUUUGAGAAUAAAAAAACAGAACCUUACCGACCCUGACAACAGUACUGCGGGCCUGAUUAAAGACAGGCAUGGGACAGGAGGGCUAUCUAUAAUGUAUGUUGUGUUUACCAUCCCACGUCUCUAUUUUUUUGUGAGCUUUUGUCGCCCCCUUUUGUCGACAGGGUGAUGUUACCUAAAUAUGCAGCCAGAGCCAUUUACAGACUUAAAGCAAAGACAACAUUUAAAAGGUGUUACACGUCUUUACACAGGCUGUAAUGCUCAGUUGUGUGUCACUGUAUGUGAAAUGAACAUUUAUAAAGAUUAUGUAGAAUUUUCCCUGUCACUCCUCACCACAAUUCAUGGAGAUUCAUAUUGCGGUAUUUAUCCUUUAUCUCUAUCUGGUGUCUAUAAAUCAUAUGUAAAGGCACUAUGGUUUGUGCAGAAAGAGAAAUUUGAGCCCAUUCAAAACCUCUGUGUAAGUAGAAAGUUGUAUUACACAGCCAAUCAAAAGAAUAUAAGUAAAACAAAUAAUACAUAGAGAUAAAAUAAUUAUAUGUGAGAAAAGUUAUAAUUUGGUACCUCUAACCUUGGAGUUGAAACUUUUUUUUUUUUAUGCAGACUCAUGUGUAUUUGUAUAAUUGGUUUUGAACAAAAAAAAAUGUUAAAAAGGUUUGAAAUGCACCGCCAUUAUCAUGCAUUGUGUUCCAUUCAUGCUAUUAUUGCUCAUUCUUGCUCAGAUUCUCGGUUUGAAAAACUCUCAGAUGACACUUUCUGGAGCUCAAACGGGGUCGCAAGUCAGAAAAAGAAUAAAACCAUAUUAACAUUUCAUCUUUUCUAGUGAGAUGUGACUGGAAAUCUCACUCUUUUUGCUGGGUUUUGCUACAUUGAUGGCACCUUUCUUAUUGCUGCUGCCCUUCCUCUAAAACUCCAAGGAAAGGUGUAAAUGUGAGCAGCUGCCUGUCAUAGCAUUACCUUGGAAUAUUAUAAAGUGACAAUGCUUCAAACUGUGACCUCCACAACUUCUUCAGCACAAUUUUAACCUCACUUAAACACUUUCAUUAUUUCUUACAAAACAUGAUUCUUAUGAUCUCUUCGAAACCGGUAUGAAGCCUGAAUACAUCAUUAUUUCAGUGGAAAACAUGCUCCAACUACAAUUUUCUUUAAAUUUUGAGUUAAAGUUUUGAGUCUGAGAAUUGACCAAAAACAGAAGUUUGUAAAGAAGGAUCAUAGAGUGUAAAAGAUUACAAAAAGUCUUUUUGUGCUCAUUUAUCCUGUAUUCAUCUUGCGUUACAGGUUUUCUGUCUUCAGUGUUGUACAAUUCAACAGUAUCUUGAAUCCUAUAGUGUAACAACAGACUUCUUUGAAUGUUUUUGAAUGUUACACAGUGUACUAUUUUAAUGUUUUAAGUCAUGACACUACAGUGCCGAUGCCAGUGUAACUCACCUCCUGCUGUAGAUUGCUUGCAGCAGCAGUUUAGCAAGCAUGUGAUAAGGCUUUGUCUGUAUGGCUCUGACUGCAAUGAGAGAAAUUCUUCUGCCAUGUCCAGCUGUAAAUAGUUCACUCUUUCUCCCAUUUAACUGUACAUAGGAAUGUAUAGUCAUAGGGAUGUAUAGUCAAAUAUUCUAACUUGUGUGUCACACAAAUGAGAA